AUGAUACCCUUAAAGGUUAAUUUGAAAGAGGUUGCGAGACCUAGAGUUGUGAAUUUUUUGAGAUCAUCCGUGGCUCUCCGUUCGCUUUCAUCAAGAGCAAUUCAAUUGCAGAACUCCGUGGAAGCUACCUUGCAAGGCAGUAGUAAUGUCAGGACUAGGGGGGUUGCAUUGAGACACGUCAGAGGGUUUCAUAAUAAUAUUCCAAGACAAAUGCAAAUGCAGAUGAAUAAGGAGGGUCAAGAUGAUAGGCCGGCAUUAGAAAAAUAUGGCACGGAUCUUACCCAAAUGGCUAAAGACGGAAAACUAGAUCCAGUUAUUGGGAGAGAUGAUGAAAUAAGAAGAACAAUCCAAAUUUUGUCUCGUCGUACUAAAAAUAAUCCGGUAUUGAUAGGUAAUGCUGGUACGGGUAAAACUGCUAUUAUGGAAGGAUUAGCCCAAAGGAUAUUGAAAGAAGAAGUUCCAGAUUCUAUGAAAGACAAACAAAUCAUCACUUUAGAUCUUGCGGGAAUUAUAUCAGGAGCUAAAUUUAGAGGUGACUUCGAAGGAAAGCUCAAGGAUAUUUUAAAAGAGGUUGAAGAAAAGAAUGGAAAGGUCAUUUUAUUCAUCGAUGAGCUUCAUUUGUUGAUGGGUCUCGGUAAAGCUGAGGGAUCUAUAGAUGCUUCAAAUUUACUCAAACCAGCGUUAGCUAGAGGUAAAUUAUCACUCUGUGGUGCAACAACGAUUGAAGAGUACAGGAAGUAUGUUGAAAAGGAUGCAGCUUUGGCGAGAAGAUUUUCUCCGGUACAAGUUAAUGAACCGAGUGUCCAAGAUACCAUAUCAAUCUUAAGAGGAUUGAGAGAAAGAUACGAAGUACAUCAUGGUGUUCGUGUCACUGAUGGUGCUUUGGUUACAGCUGCUGUGUAUUCUAAUCGAUACAUAACAGAUAGAUUCCUUCCAGAUAAGGCAAUUGACUUGGUUGACGAAGCAUGUUCUACUUUAAGAUUGCAGCAUGAAUCUAAGCCUGAUGCAAUUGCUCAACUUGACCGUCAAAUAAUGACUAUUCAAAUUGAAUUAGAAUCGUUGAGAAAGGAGGAUGACCAACUUUCUAUUGAUCGUAGGAAAAAGCUUGAAGACGAUUUGAAAGCCAAAGAGACGGAGCUAAAAGAUCUUACAAGUCAGUGGGAAGAGGAGAAGAAACUGAUAGACGAUAUUAAAAUUGCUAAAACCGAGUUGGAGCAGGCAAGGUUUGAUUUAGAACAGUGUCAAAGGGAAGGAAAUUACGGAAAAGCAUCUGAGUUACAAUAUUCUACAAUUCCUCAGUUGGAAAAGAAAUUGAAGCAAACAACGGAAGAUCAAUCGGAAAUUGAAACAUCGACUUUGUUGCAUGAUUCUGUCACAGCCGAUGAUAUUGCAAGUGUAAUUUCAAGAAUGACUGGAAUUCCGGUUAAUAACUUGUUGAAGGGAGAGAAAGAUAAGUUAUUGUACAUGGAAUCAACUUUGAAAGAAAAAGUCAUUGGACAAGACGAGGCGAUACACGCAAUAGCUGAUGCUGUUAGAUUACACAGGGCUGGACUAACCAGUGAUAAAAGGCCCAUUGCUUCCUUCAUUUUCUUGGGUCCAACGGGUACUGGUAAGACGGAGCUUACAAAAUGCUUAGCAGAAUUUCUUUUCAAUGAUAGAUCUUCAGUCAUAAGAUUCGACAUGUCAGAAUUUCAAGAAAAGCACUCAAUCUCUAGAUUGAUUGGUUCACCUCCCGGAUAUGUUGGAUAUGAAGAGAGCGGAGAGUUGACCGAAGCUGUUAGAAGAAAGCCUUAUUCAGUAAUUUUGUUUGAUGAGUUUGAGAAAGCACACAGUGAUGUUUCGAAGUUGUUAUUACAGGUUCUCGAUGAAGGUUCUUUAACUGAUUCCCAUGGAAAACAAAUCGAUUUCCGUAAUACUAUAAUUACAAUGACUUCGAAUAUAGGUCAGGAGAUUUUACUCACUGAUAGAAAUGCCAGUGAAGAUGGCCAAAUUAGUGAUAUUACAAAGGGCGAAGUCUUAGAAUUGUUGAGACAGAAUUAUCCACCUGAAUUUUUAAAUCGACUCGAUGACAUUUUGAUCUUCAACCGCUUAUCUAAAGAAUCUUUGAGAAAUAUUUUGGAUAUUAGAUUGUCUGAAAUCAAAGAAAGAUUAAUUGAUAAGCGAAUGUCCUUAACUUUAACUGAUGAUGUUAAAGAAAAAUUGGUAAGCUUAGGGUAUGAUCCUAUAUAUGGAGCAAGACCUUUGAACAGGGUGAUUCAAAAGAAGCUCUUGAAUCCGUUAGCAAUGCUCAUGAUAAAAGGUCAAAUAAAGGAGGCUGAAACCGUUUCAGUGACUUUAAAAGAUGGUGAAAUAUAUAUCGAACCAAACCAUGAAGAGAGUAAGAACGUUCAUGACGAAAAUUAA